AUUGAGUCAUGCGCUUUCGGUGCUCGGGGCAGAGCGACGUGCGGCCGUUGUUCCUGCACCGACGAACGUGAGCGAGCGCGUUAGUCAGCGUCGCGACGCCCGCCGUCGCCGUCGUCGUCGCCGCAGCAGUGUUUCAACGGUAGUCCGUCGUCGACGGCGUAUAUCGCCCGCUUCGCGCGUCCGGUGAUCGGCGGCAUCCUCCGCCUGCCCCGCGGGUCCGCAGCUAAGGCCGAAGCUUCCUCUUCUUCGUUCGCGCGGUAGAUAGUGAAAGUGCCUGCUCGCGAGUGAAGGUGCAGCUGCGCGGCCCCUGUGGCAGGUGGGGUUGUUAGGGAGGAGGAGGAAAAAGAAGAAGGAUUCGGAAGCGGAUCCGAGUCGCCGGGCUCACCGGGCCGCGUAUAUCGAUCUGCUUGUUGACGGGGAACCGCCACCAGCCACCUCAGCGAUGAGCAGCGUCGUCUCGUCGAUCGGCGGGGUUCGCUGCCUCACCGACGAGGAGGCCGAUCACAACAUGCUGCAGGCUGAAUUUCCGAAAAUCCUGAGGGUCCGAGUAUCGAUUCUUCCUGAACAAGCAUCGUUAAAGAAACGUUACCAACUUCAACCUCUGUACUCUGCAUUGAUUUACGGAUGAAUGCUGGCCGCGAAAAGUAAGAUUGAACAGUCUCGGUCAAUACUCUUCGUGGUUUCAUUGUAAUCGGGACAGUACGCCGCGCCGAUCAGAGGAGAUCCUGUCCAACCGCUUCCUCAACUGGAGCUCGGAGUUGUUAGCUUUUUAGUUCAUCUGCCUAUUAUUAGAAAGCAGCAGCCCCCGCCUGCUCUCGCGGCGUGUCCGGCUGCGGUGGUUCCUCCUGGCUUCGCCGCGAAGGAAGAUACGACGGUAAAGACAGAUCAUCGACGCUCGGCGAGAGGCGGUGGUGGUAGGUAGCAGUAGGUAGCUUCCUUCGCGGUAUCAUCGGGCAUCGCGUCGAGCGUGAUGGAAAUUCUCGCGUUCAAGUAACCGUGUAAUGCACCCGAUGGACGUCGGUGUACAGAUUGUAUAACUGUGUCGGCGGUAUUUGCACGCCGCAGCCGUAAGCUGCUCGAUCCCACUCGGAUCCGAUCAACGCGGAAGCGAAUUAAGAGGAAAUCGAUGCCACAGUCAUCGCCGCGGGAAACGACGCUUCCGGCAUAUCGCGCGAAACAACGCGCAACAACGUUUUUUUCGCUCUUCUUCCCUGCGCCGAUCGGGGAAACAACGCUGAAGGAUUGAUAAUUGAAUUUAGGAAGUUCGAAGAUGCGGACUGCGUCGACGGCAAUGUGAAAAUUCUGAUUCACGAUCGGGGCUCUUGUGUAACGAGUGUAAGUGCGCACACGGGAUUCGAGAAUUUCCCCAUUUCCACACAGGGCCGACACUCUUAGCCGGACUCUAAAUUGUAGUUACAAUCUGACAAUGAGAGAAAUAUCGGUGCUUAGGGCAGAUGCGCCCGGCGAGGCACCAAAGCCAAAUUUCCAAGACUUGUAGCGAUAUUGCUCAAAUUGCACCCUUGACGAGGAUAAUCCGACCCAUCGACAGCUUACACCUAAUCUACCGAAGCUCCUACCAUUUGGACAGACUCACGUAUACAGGGUGUUAAUGUUACCUCUGGACUGUUGUCUACGGCUGAUUGAGUAUAAAACGUGUUGGGUGAUCACAUCUGAUUUAUUUCACUACGAACAAGCGCGCGAUACAUUCAAUCAAAAAAGCGGUAAUCCCUUUUUAAUCCAACGGGACAUCAGGUACGUGGAUCACCCUGGUGCAUGCACGCUGCAGAAGUAAGUGCAUCGUUCAGCUACUCGUACAACUGACGUUUCCGCCUUUCGAUUGACCACGGCGUCGACUUCCUCGGUUCAUCCAAUUUGUAUAACGCGUCGCUGAAGAUCUCCAGCUGGCCGCCGAACUCGGGAAGACCUUACUCGAGCGCAACAAGGAGCUAGAGAAUCAUCUUAAGCAGCAGCAGAACACGAUCGACGAGCAGGCGCAGGAGAUUGAGUACAUGAAAAAGCAAACUGCGGCUUUGAGGGAGGUAAACGAUUCUCGAUUGAGGGUCUACGAGCAGCUGGAAGUAAGCAUACAGGAUUUGGAGCGGGCAAACCAUCGCCUGGCCCUCGAAAAUUCCACGGAUAAGAAACAAAUCAAGAGCCAGAGUUUUAACAUCGAAACUCUCGAAGCUCGAUGCGAAGAAUUACAGAGAAAAUUGGAUGAGCUUGCCGCCGAACACGAAACUCUGCUUCGUCGACAUCGCACCAAUGAUCAUACGAAUAAUUUGCCAAAUCGCGUCACCGCAAUUUGGCAGGCCAAGGUAUCGCAGGAUGGCAGCAUUGAAGAGGACGCUGCCCCACCUAGCCCGUUGCCUGAAAAAUCUGCGGAUACGAGUAUAAGAGAGCUGGCUUCCACACUGGCUAGCGACGAUGAAAUCACAGAGUUAUUGCGGCAGCUUCACGAGGCGCGAAAUCAGAGGGCACGGGAGAAAAAGAGAGUCGCGGAGCUUGGCGAACAGCUCAAUUCAAUCCUCCAGGAAAAUUCGAGUCUCGAAGAGCAGCUCAAUAUGUGGCGACACAAGGCUGAGGACAUGAAAAAUCUCCAGGACGAAAUCAGCACUCUCGAAGAAGUCAGACAAGGGCUCCUCUGCGGUCGGUGUUUGCGCGGCGUUGACAACAGGACGCACGAUGCGCUCUCGAUAAUGUUGGACCAAGAGGAGGAUGACGAUCUGAGCCUGAUCGAAUCCAUGACGACUGAAAGCUACAGGGAAUCCGAUACUCCUCUACCGCAGGAAGUUGGUCAGAAAUUCCAGGAAGAAGAGGUUGAGGACAACCCUUACAGGGUUCUUGUCGAGAAAUAUGAAGCUUUGCUCGAGGUGCAGCGGCACCCGGCACCGUGUAGAAAGGCGAACGGAGGAGGAGCCGGGGGCUGCUUGUCGCUCCAAGAAGAGCUGGUUAUGUCGGGAGAUUUCAACAGCUUUAUAAACGGCUCUUCGUCCAACCAGCAGGAAUCGCCGCCGACGCAGGUCGCGAGUAUAAAGCGCGAAGUCUGCGCGUUACCGGCGCCGAAAUCCACCGCUAUCGAAACUCGCGGCAAUAAGGGUCUCAGGUCGGCGUGCAAAAAGCCCUUCUCCGGCACCCCGACCGACCUCUCGGAGGCCGAGUCAUCGUCCUCUGGGUUCUCAGACGAGACCAGCAACAAGGCGACGCAAACGGACGACCCGAGGUCGGGCUCGCUUCUCUGCUCCAUCGCCGACGGCGAGGACUGCAAGUUCAGCAUCUAUGACGACGCCAGCCCCAUCGAAAGCCGUUUUCGCAAGACUCCGGAGUACAGGCAGCUGUUCCGCGAAAUAUUCGGUGUUCUGAAACGCGCCGCCGAAGCGAAGGACGAGGGCGAGAAGCUCCCUCUUCUCGACGACGCCCCCGGCUCAUCACCAUCCAGGGUUCCUCCGGUCAGCGUUGACGGCAACAAUUACUCGAGCCACCAAUCUACCUUGAAGGAAAACGCUCCGAGCGAAUUCACCGACGACAAUCAGAGCGUGGUUUCUUCGGUCGUUUCCGAGCCACCGUACAGAAGCACCCCCGAUUUUGGGGCGCAGAAAACAGGUCGACACGAGCCCUCGCAGUCGGCGAAACCUGCCAACAAUUCAUCCUCUAGCGUUAACGGAACCGAGGAGCAAACUAAGGCAAAUGGGAUUGGAACGAGGCAGGGGAUCCACCUCACCCCGAUAAGACGACAGCCCCUUGAGUACCUCUCGAUCGGAGUGAACGUGAGGAAAAAGUCAUCGGCGAAGAAGAACAGUUCGACUAAGAGAAUGCAGGUGGGCGCCGGUGAAAGGCCGACGACACCGGAUUCUGCUCAGGCGACCAACAGCAACAGGACGAAGCCGAACAGCGCGGGCAGGAGGAGAUUCCGGGCGCCGAAUUUCGGGCCAGAACAGGCGGAGAAUGGAGGAGGCAACGGGGCCGUGUGGAACGGUAACACGCUGAAUUUCUUCCCGAGCAAAACGAUUGGCAAGGACACCGUGCAGAGCAACGGGGGAACACCGCCGAACACCAAGCAGAGCAACUGCUCGUUCGUGAGAUACGUCAGCGAGCAUCAUAGCACGACGUACGAGUACCGACCGGGCACAGCGUCAGCCGAAGUUGCGCGUCUCAAACGACUCGAAAUGUCCUACGCGGAGGCACUCCGCAUGCCAAAUAAACCAAAAACGUCACCUAAUAGUAACAGUAGUAGUAGCAUUAAUCGUAGUAUCAAUCGUCGACAUUAACUUUAUUUAAAAUUUUUUUAUUUUAUUUUAUUUUAAUUAUCAUCAUUAUUUUAACUAUUAUUAUUAUAUUCUAUUUUUUUGAGGCGCGUACACGUAGAUCGAUCUUCCGCACCAAGUCUGUCUUCUACCUGUAAGUAUAUAUCCUAUAUAUUUAUAUUACACUCUAUACACUGUAUUUCAACACAGUGAGAAUAAUUUUUUUAGUACAUAUUAUACCAUACCGACCUACGCCUUCAACGCGCAGGCUGGCCGAAUUAUUCCCCCUAGGGGAUUCUGGAUUGGCUUUAAUCGCUGCAGGUGCAGCCAUGUCAUUUAUAUCCUCGUUAUAAUAACUCAAACUUGUAAAUACAGUAUGCCUAACGAGUAUAGCAUUUAGGUGUUCUUAAUUUGAUGUAUAUUUUUAUUAUUCCUACUUGGUAUUUUUAAUUUGAUCGUAUGUUUUUAUACAGCUUUUGCUCCCGUUCUUUUCCUUUCAUUAUUAAAUUCCUCGAAUCUGAUCGAAGCAUAGUACGCCUGUCCAUAAGAGUGUGAUUGCUGUAAUACAAUAAGAAAUCUGCAAAGUGCGUGUGUACAAGCGUAUUUAAAAAAUCGUCGCGAAAUAAGAUACCUAUAUUGAGUUCUGUAUAAUAUUAUUUCGUAAACCAUGAAAUGUACGGGUUCGAUUUUUACGUAAUAAUUUAAUUUUAAUUCAAUACGAUGUGGUAAGAAGUAUAUACACACAUUAUACAUACAUGCAUAUGAAGGUGAUGAUAAUAAUUGCGUCGAACGUUGAUUAAUUGUUUUUCUUCGCAUAACGUAAUACAAAAUAAACACGUACACAGAAUUAACAUGUACGUAUUGGAUGAUACAAACACAUUUCAGAUAACGUGGACGUCUCACCGAUUUGAACGAGACACGAUAUUUUCAAAACGUUAACUAUACACUUACACAUAUAUGUGCCAUAGAAAUUCGAAUGAUAAAUUAUUAUGACUGUUAAUAUUAUCAUUGUUAUUGCCUUUCCGUCUUUGAUACACGUCUUACAUCCGCGUAUAAUAUACAACUGCGUUUGUGUUUAAUUAUUUACAAUAGACAAUUUAAUAUUUAUAUUAGUCAAUAUUAUGAUAUUAAUUACAAUCAUUGUGUUUUAUUAUACAGGCGUAUAUAUUCUAUAUUGGACCUUGUAACGACCAGGUCAGAAACAGAACGAGAUGGUAAUUUCGAGAAAUAACCUCAGCGAAUGACCAAUAUACUGCAGUAGUUUUUAUAUACACUUAAGACCGUCAAUAAAGCAAAGUCUAUAUCUUGUACA